CCGAAUGGUAGCCGAAUGGUUAGAUCUACCGCCUCUCAAGCAGAGAUCGUGGGAUCCCAGUAACAUGAGAAGUUGGUUGUUAAUGGCAUGUGUGCUGACGGUGGUGGUGGCCUGCAUCGCGCAACGUCGUCAGUAUCAAAACGUCGCCAACAAAUAUGACAAUUUCAACGCCGAUUCCAUUAUACAAAACGAGAGAAUCCUGCUUGCCUAUUACAAGUGUGUCAUGGAUAAGGGACCUUGUACUAAGGACGGGAAGAACUUUAAACGUAUGUUACCAGAGACUCUCUCAUCGGCCUGCUCCCGCUGUUCUCUGAAACAAAAGGUAGUGGUGAGAAAACUACUGCUGGGCAUAAGAGCCAAGAGUGAGCCUCGAUUCAUUGAGCUCUUGGAGAAAUAUGAUCCUAAACGCAUUAACCGCGAAGCUUUGUACAAUUUUUUGGUCACUGGCAACUUAAUAUGCUUACUAUAUUUUGUAUUGACACCUUUGAAGAGAACACUUCCUUGUUGCAAUACUGGUAAAGAAUACAAUAUGAAAAUUGCACUUCUGACCCUGUGCCUUGGUUCGGUAGUAUUAGCUCAAAAUACAUAUAAUUCAGAACACGACAAUUUCGAUUUAUCUCAAGUACUUAACAACGAAAGACUGUUAGUAGCGUACUCGCGGUGUCUGCUCAACAAGGGACCAUGUACCCCAGAAAUCAAGCAAGUCAAAGACAAGCUUCCAGAAGCAUUGGCAACGCGUUGUGCUAAAUGUACUGAGAAACAAAAGCAGUUGGGAAAAAUAUUGGCGCGAGAGGUACAGAGGACUCAUCCGGAGAUAUGGAAAGAGCUAGUGGCUUACUACGAUCCCGACGGCAAAUACAGGGCGGCUUUUCAAGAUUUUCUCAAACAAUAGGCACAAAAUUAAAAAAAACUAGAAAUAAUAAUAUUGUGUAACCAUUUAUUUGAUGGAAAAUCGUAUUUUUAAAUGUGAUUCUUAACAACCACUGACGUUAUAUUAAAAUAAAUAUACC